AUGUCCAGAGACAGUUGGCUCGAGGAGAUAUUGAGAUUUGCCGAGCACGAGGAAACUGAUGAAGGUUAUUUCCAAUUGAACGUAUUGGGAGAGACAAUUGAUUUCCGAAUAUCAAAACUGGAUCGUCCUGUUUCAUUGAUUCACGAGGGUGAAUAUGAACCAGUCAUUCAAUUGAUUCAUGGUUAUUUCCUUGGUUUUUUCGGAUCUUCUAUCGAGUAUCAAUGGAUGGCACGUGACUACAUGCAUUCUAUUCCACUGCUUCAAAACUUAUCAGCAUGUUUUGAAAUGAUGGUUAUUGACUUUUAUUCGGAGGACUAUAACCAACUUGAACACUUUUUCUCCUCAUAUCCGGUUUGGAAAUGGAUUAAUAUCUACUUUACGAGGAUGACAGAAGUGUUUAGUCCACAAUCGAAACUAUAUCAGGCAGAAUAUAUUCAGAUCGAUCAACACACUGCCACUAAUGUUUUACGUAAUUUUCAAGGAAAACGAGCAGUUAUAAACCACACCAUUUUCGAGGUUUUGGACUUGAUCGAGUUCAUAAAUAAAUGGGAAUCUGGAGAAGCAUUUCACAAACUAGAAUAUUUAAAAAUUGAGAAACGUUGGGGCGAAAUUUUCCAGGACCAUUUUUUGGAUGCAGUUGGUGCAAAGUAUAUUGAUCCAAACAGAAAACCCCCAACACAUACUCUGCCCAAAUUGCAAGUUGAGGAUGAUAGAAAGCUGAAUACGGAUCCAAUCACCAGCCACGCAUAUGUAUUGAACGUAUCUGGAAAGCUGGGGAAUUUUCGGCACGUGGAAGAUGAUGUUUUGACGAUGAUGGCUGAUGAUGGGAAAAUGAAUACGGAUCCAAUCACCAGCAACACGUAUGUUGUUAGAGAAACAGAUAAUCAUGUAGCAUCUGUUCAGAUUCAGGGAGGAACGUUCAGUUUUGGAAAACUUAUCAAUGGAGGACCACGACACUCCACAGAAUCUCCAGUGAAUGAUGAUUUUCCGCCAAAUUCAGCUAAUCAAAAUCCAGAAGUCGAAGUAACUUUGGAAAUGUAUAGAGAGCUGGUAACCGCUACGCAAAACGCCAAAGCCGGAUUCCAAAAUCAAUUAUUGAUAAUUUCAAAUUUGGAGGAAAAACUGAAAGAGAAGGCACAAACGGAUAAGGAAGCAAUAAGUACACUGGAAGCUGAUCUGAAAAAGGCCGACAUUUUGUAUGAAACAGAGCUGAAUGAAAAGAAGAAUAUGCUAAUGGCUUCCUCCAGCCAAGGCGUUCCAGAACCGUCAUCAAGCAAUCAGGCUGAAAAAUCAGUCCACAUGGGCCAUGACAUGGCACAAAAAAGGCAAAUGAUCGCUAAAAAGAAGUACCAUAAAUUGAGAAAGAAUAUUCGUUUAUUCAAAAAGAAAAUGGUCCAUAAAAUGAAUAGAAUUCGUGUAAAUCAAAAAAAAGAAGUUAGAAGAUUGAAGGCAAAGGUAGAAAAGGUAAAUGAAGCAAAAAGAGAGGUCGAAGAGGCAUGGGAUGAGGGAAAAGCGAAAAUGGAUGGAGACGGGUAUUUUGAUAAUUUUGGAGGCAAAAAUGAACCACCGUUGGGCAAUCUUAUGAAAGCCAUGCGUCGUGCGCAGGAUUUGAACAUAAAACUUCGGAAGAGAGGGGAGAAAAUUAUGGAAGAGCUACAGUACUUCAAAGAUAGAUUUAGGACAAUUAUGGAUAUUGUCGAAUCGAAAAGGAUUAAUAAAGAGGAAAAAUAUAAUCAGAUGGUUAAGAAAUUUAUUGAGAUUCAGGAGAAGCAGGAUGGUGUUCCAUCCACUUUAGGACCACAGCCUGCAAAAAAAAGUAUUGCAUUGAAUACAUCCAACGACGUCAAUCGCUCCAAAAAAUCAAGUCUACAAUUAAGCCGUUCUGAGUGUUCCCUUCUCAAAACACCAAGAGAAAAUUUGGAAGAAAGACUCGAAAAAUUGAAAAUAGACUACAAUAAAGCAGGAAAAAUUUGCAAGCGUAUGGAGAAAUUCAUCGUAAAACUCAAAGAAGAAAUUGAAGCCAAGAAUUCAACUGUGAAGAAAUUGCUCAGCGAAAAGAAAGAUUUACAGUCAAAGCUGAAUCGAUCGAUUAGAAAUUGUGAUACAUUUGAGGAGAAGUUAGAGGAUAUGGAGGAGGAAAAUAGGAAAUUGAUUGCUCAAAUCGCUCAUUUGACAAAAGAAAAAAUCAAAGAAAUUGAGCAUUUGGAAGACAAGUUAAAACGUUACGAGGAGCAGUAUGAGCUGUCUUUUAUCACAAGAAAUCGUUUGGGAGUGGAGAAUCGAGGAUUUGUCAAAAUGUCACAUGAUGAAGUAGAAGAGGACAAAAAGAAAAUGCUCCAGGAGCUCAACGAAACAAAGGAGAGACUGGAAUCGAAAGUGAGAGAAGUGGCGGUGUUGGAAGCGAAAAAUUCAUGUCUUGAGGAGCAAUCAAAACUGUUGGCGGAGAUGAGAAAACGCUUGAGAGCAGGAAUUCCAGGAUUUGACAGAAUGACAAUUAAUGAGGUCACUUCUCAUAUCCUUGUGACACCAACUCAUGAGCAAUUGUCUGGAUUAGACAGAUCUGAAUGUUGA